CUGAUGCUUUUUUCAAAGCUGCGGUGAGCCUUGUUCCUGAAGUGCCAAAAAUGAUCAGUGUAGAUGGGAAGAUGCGACCUUCAGAUGCCUUCCUCCUGGAAUUCCUUUGUAAUUUUUUUUCCACAUUACUAGUUGUUCCGGACCAUCCAGAACAAGGAGUGUUGUUUCUUGUGCGAGGAUUACUUAAUGUGAUCCAGGAUUAUACUUGGGAGGAUAACAGCGAUGACAAAGUCAGGAUUUAUACUAAUGUUUUGCAUCUGCUGUCCGCAAUGACUCAGGAAGCAUAUAUCUACCAUGUAGAUAAAGUUGAUUCCAAUGAUACCCUGUAUGGUGGAGACUCCAAGUUCCUGGCUGAAAUCAAUAAACUGUGUGAAACCGUGAUAGCACAGAUCCUGGAUCAUCUGAAAACCCUUGGAAAAGAAGAG